AUGGCGUCAGAGGCAGACCAAAGCUUCAUAGACCUCUCAUGGUUUCUUCAAGCAAUCAAAGACCCAUCACAAAACUGCUUCAAUCUUCAAACCUUAUCCUUCACCUCCACCGGCAAAACCACGCAUUGUCAGCUCAUAACAGACAACACCAUGAACAUCAACGUCACCAGAGCCAACCUCACUUCACUUUCCCAGAUCUUCAUCGAGCUAGCAACAACUCUAGAGACCCAGCCAUCUCUCAGGAACCUCGAAUUCGGAGGAAUCUCGUGGGAAGUCGAGAUAUUGCAGAGCCUUGGCUUGUUGCUCGACAACACCUCGAAGAUAAAGCAGCUUGCUUUCAGAAAGAACAGGUUCAGCGAACAAUGCCUGAGCGAGCUCUCAGAGAUUUUAAAAAGAAACACUUCGAUGAAAGAGAUUAUGUUCCUAGAGUCGAGAAUCGGAAGCAGAGGAGCUACGCUUCUCGGGUCGGCUCUCGAAGUAAACGACUCGUUAGAGGAAUUGCAGAUUUGGGAAGACUCAAUUGGGUCAAAAGGAGCAGAAGAGCUCUCGAAGAUGAUAGAAGCAAACUCAAGUUUGAAACUUUUCUCCAUUUUCGACUCGAAUCCCUCCACCGCGACGCCAUUGAUAUCUGCCGUUUUGGGUAUGAACAGAGACAUGGAGGUUCACGUCUGGAGCGGAGACCACAAACGAGACAGAAGCUCAAAGGUCGUUGAGUUCUUGCCUGAGAGCAACACUCUCAGGAUCUACCAGAUUGACAUUUCCGGCUCUUGCAGAGUCGCUGCAGCGUUAGGGAUGAACACAACGGUGAGGUCUCUAGACAUGACCGGAGCGAAGCUGAAUUCACGGUGGGCGAAGGAGUUCCGAUGGGUUCUCGAGCAGAACAAGACUCUCAGAGAAGUGAAACUCUCCAAAACCGGUCUCAAAGACAAAGCCGUCGUGUAUCUUGCAGCUGGACUUUUCAAGAACAAGAACUUGCAGAGUUUGUACGUUGAUGGGAAUCGGUUUGGAAGCGUUGGUGUAGAGGAUUUGCUUUGUCCAUUGAGUAGAUUCUCUGCUCUGCAGUUGCAAGCAAACAUCACACUCAAGACAAUCGUCUUUGGAGGUUCCAACACAAAGAUCGGAAGAGAUGGACUCACCGCGGUUUUGAAGAUGGUGACGACGAACGAGACGGUGACACAUCUCGGGAUUCACGACGAUGCGAGCCUAGGACCUGAUGACUUCGUGCACAUCUUCAAGAACCUGCAGAAGAACGCGUCUUUGAGACGGGUUUCGUUGCAAGGAUGCAGAGGUGUUAGAGGUGAUAGAGUCUUGGAGGCAAUCACUGAGACACUGCAGGUUAAUCCGUUGAUUGAGGAGAUUGAUUUAGCAAGAACUCCGCUUCAUGAGUCAGGGAAAGCAGAUGAGGUUUAUCAGAAGCUGGGGCACAAUGGUGGGACGGUUGAUGAUGAAGUGGAGAUGGAUUCGCUUAAGGAUAUGCCACUCACUGAGCCAAAGAGUGUCAGAGCUUUCCUCUGUGGACAAGACUAUGCAGGCAAGUCAACAUUAUUGAACUCUAUAUUGCAAAGUUUCUCUGCUUCUUCCGGUUUUCCUUAUGCUGAGAAUGUGAGGACUUUGAUGAACCCUGUGGAGCAAGCUGUUAAAACGGUUAGUGGGAUGAAGAUAAAGACGUUCAAGGACGAGGAAACGAAGAUCUCGCUGUGGAAUCUCGCCGGGCAGCAGGAGUUAUACGCUCUUCAUGAUCUUAUGUUCCCAAGUCCUUGUCUCUUCUUGAUUGUAUUGAGCUUGUUUAGGAAACCGAGCAAUAAAGAGCCCAAGACGCCAGGAGAAGUUGAAGAAGAGCUUCAAUACUGGCUUAGAUUUAUUGUUUCCAACUCGAGAAAAGCGGGACAACAGUGCAUGAACCCGAACGUGACGAUUGUUCUCACGCAUUCGGAGAAAAUUAAUCAGCACCAAUCGGAGAGCUUUCAGGCGACUGUUGGUUCUAUUCAGAGACUGAGAGAUAAGUUUCAAGCUUUGGUUGAUUUCUAUCCGACUGUGUUCACUGUCGAUGCAAGAUCAUCUCCUUCGGUUAGCAAACUCACACAUCAUAUUCGGAUGUCAAGCAAAGCCAUCUUACAAAGAGUCCCUCGUGUUUAUCAGCUUUGCAAUGAUAUGGUACCGCUCUUAUCAGACUGGAGAUCAGAGAAUUCAAACAAACCUGUUAUGAGAUGGAAAGCCUUUGCGGAUCUCUGCCAGUUCAAGGUUCCUUCUCUGAGGAUAAAGUCUCGCAAUGAGAACGUUGAGAUUGUGGAGACAAGACGGCGAGCCAUAGCCACUUGCCUUCACCAAACAGGAGAAGUGAUUUACUUUCAUGAGUUGGGAUUUUUAAUACUAGACUACGAAUGGUUUUGUGGAGAGGUUCUUGCUCAGUUGAUAAAGCUUGAUGUAAGAAAGCAAAGCACUGGGGAAAGAAAUGGGUUUGUUAGUAGGAAAGAGCUGGAGAAGAUUCUGAAAAGUAGUUUGCAGAGUCCAAUCCCAGGGAUGGCCUCAAAGGUACUUGAGCAUUUAGAUGCAGGUGACCUUGUGAAGAUGAUGAAGAGAGUAGAGCUUUGCUAUGAACAAGACCCUUCCAAUCCAGACUCUUCAUUAUUGGUUCCAUCGAUUCUUGAAGAAGGCAGAGGAAAGAAUCAGAAAUGGCAGAUAAACACACAUGACUGUGUUUAUUCAGGCAGGCAUCUUCAGUGCGAUGAUUCAAGUCACAUGUUCUUGACAGCUGGUUCCUUCCCUCGUAUACAGGUGCUUCUUCACAACAGAAUCAUGGAACUGAAGAACCAACAUGGGGCGACUUAUAGCCUUGAGAAGUACCUCAUAGUGCUUCUUCACAACAGAAUCAUGGAACUGAAGAACCAACAUGGGGCGACUUAUAGCCUUGAGAAGUACCUCAUAGCUAUAACGAUCCAAGGCAUUAAUAUUAGAGUGGAGCUUGGAGGACAGUUGGGAAAUUACAUCGAUGUUCUUGCUUGUUCAACAAAGACCUUGACAGAAACUCUGAGGCUCAUAAACCAGCUAAUAAUUCCGGCUAUCCAGAACAGCUGCCACGGUGUAAUCCUCCUUGAGCACAUCAUAAGACCACAAUGCGUCCAGGACUUAACUCCACCGCGAUUCAGACAAAGUCAGUUUGUUUCCCUCCAGAGGCUAAAAGAAGCAUUGUCAUCAGUUCCUGCAGAGACUAUGUAUGACUAUCAACACACAUGGGACUCUGUUCAAGAUUCUGGCAAGACUGUUCUUAGAGAAGGGUUUGAUUUAGCACGUGACCUCUUCUCUGAUGAUGAUUUCAGAGAAGUACUGCAAAGAAGGUACCAUGAUCUGUACAGCUUAGCUCAAGAGCUACAAGUUCCCACCGAGGACAACCCUGAUGCAGUACCAGUGACCAAUGAGCUGGAAACAGUUGAUCCUAGCUUCGGUGGAAUCGCUAAAGGUGUAGAAGCAGUACUCCAGAGGCUGAAGAUUAUCGAGCAAGAGAUACGAGACCUGAAGCAAGAGAUCCAAGGACUGAGAUACUACGAGCACAGGCUUCUGAUCCAGCUUCACCACAAAGUGAACUACCUUGUCAACUACAACGUCCAGAUGGAUGAGAGAAAAGUUCCAAACAUGUUUUACUUCAUUAGACCAGAGCAAUACGGGAGAAGACUGAUCACAUCAAUGGUUCCUGGGAUGGUUUCUCUAAGGAUACACAUGCUAUGCGAGUUUAGACGGGAAAUGCAUGUUGUGGAAGAUCAGCUUGGGUGUGAUGUGUUUCAGCUAGACAGCUACGCUGUGAAGUGCUUGGCUCCAUACAUGGCAGGCUUCAUGACACUGCUUACUUUUGCACUGAGGAUAGGAGCAAACUGGGCAGCUGGGAUGGGACACAUGAUACCUGACUUGGGCCACGCCAUCGCUCACCUUGCCACCAACCCGUCUGUCAUAGCUGGAGCGGCUGGAGCUGCAGGAGCCAUGGGGGUUGCUGCUGCUGUUGGUAGGAACCGAGGCAGAGAUAGAGGUAUUCAAGAGCAAGACCAAAGAGAAGCUCAACAGUGGCUCAUUGAUUACUUGAGGGAACAGAAUUGUUCAACCGGGAAGGACAUUGCGGAAAAGUUUGGCUUGUGGCGAGUUCGAUACAGAGAUGAUGGGUCCAUCGCCUGGAUCUGCAAACGGCAUAUGAUCACCAGAGCCAAUGAAGUGAUCCAAGUUCCUCUCUGA